ACCAUUUGUUGGAACCCAUAAACCCCUAGGGGGCUCUGUUUUCUGUAGAGGGAUCGCCAAUCUGUCAUCCAUGCCACUUAAAUGCUGCACGGUUGAUGUCACUCGUAAUUCCUUCCACUCUCCGGUACUUUAUUGCUGGUGCCUGCUUGGGCGUCCUUACUAAGUUCCGCUUGGUUGUAUGCACCGCACUGCAACAAGCUACCAUAGUUACACCACCAUUCUCUCACUCUCAUCUGGUUCCGCCCCCAUCAUUAUUCGAUAUACUCUCCCAUCUCACCUGAUUAUCCGGUUCUCCUCUUUCUCACUUUUUCUUCCACCUCCUUUCUAUCGACAACAACAUAACAAUAACAUUAUGCGAUGAUAUCUUCUUCCCUGUCCAAAGUCGAGCUCGGAUUGAAGAAACAAGCCGACAAGGGAUGAUGCGCCAUUGGUCAUAUUCUUACCUAUGCCAUCCUUAAAGGGCUUUUGCAGCCUCUGGUUGCCGCAAUGUUGGAGGAUAGUGCUUCCAGCCCUUAUACUUAUAUUCUCGUUUUUCUUUCUCGUUAGGAAUUUCGGGCCCGUUGAACAUCAUCGAAAACCAACGCAUGAUGGUUACAACCAAAUCGAUAUCGGCAACAGUCACACCGAUACACCCACCAACCAUGAUAGACAUAACCUUACGAUCAACCUGGUGUUGGCUACAAUGUCUAGAGACGACAUUUCCUGGACAGAAAAUAUAGACAUUCCUAACCUAAAUGUGAUCCGUUAUGUUAGCGAUGACCUGGACGCGGAUUAUCACCCACCGGUCGCAAAGAAGGGACGUGAGGCUCUCAUCUACCUCACCUACAUGCACGAUUUCUACGACGAUCUCCCGGACAUCACGUUCUUUACCCACGCAGAUGAGAGCCCAUGGCACAUGGAGAGCGAGUUGAACUCAUCCGUAACAUUUGCUAUGUCGCAUUUAGACCUCGCCCAGGUCCAGCAACGGCAGUAUUUCAACUUGCGCGUAUCAUGGGAGAAUGCGUGCCCCAACUGGAUCAAUACGACUAAAACCGAAUUGGACACGGGCAAGCUGGAGGAGAUUUAUAUGUGGGAAGCAUUCAGCGAGAACUUCGGCACGGAUGACGUCCCGGAAAUCCUUGCCGGGCCUUGCUGUUCCCAAUUUGCAGUUACGAAAGAGGCCAUAAGAAGGCGUCCAAAGUCUCAGUACAGAACAAGCAUGAAUUGGCUGGUGGAGACCCAUUGGGAUGACUACAUCACAGGAAGAAUAUGGGAACACUUCUGGUCGUGGCUCUUUCGAGGUGAAGCGGUGGAUUGCGCGAUCGAAUGGAAGACAUACUGCAGUAUGUAUCACGUCUGCUUCGACUCGGCGAGUAGGAACCGAGUUGUCAGCCUCAAAGAGGAGAAAGAGGAGCUGAAAAAUAAGUCCGGAUUUCUCGACAGGUUGUCGGACAUGCUAGGGGGAUAUAAGAAUAAGAAGCGCAUAAAGGAGAUCGAUGUCAUAUUGGAGACUGAACUCGAGAAAGCCCUCGAAAGAGGCCAGAGCGAAACAAGGCGGAUGGAGCUACUUUCGGAUCUUUAUACCACGUGAGGAAAUUUGAGUCCGGUCAGGCAGUCAGGUCGGAGGAGUUUUUUAUAUCCAAAACCCAUUCUAAUAAAAUAACAACAUUUAAUGAGCAUCAUCGUUAGUGAAGUAGACUAAUAUUUCGUGGGGAAACGAUGUCACAUUACCAGCUUCUAGUCUGAUUUGAUCGCUUCUCUUUUAGGGGAGGAGAUUAUUCUUUAGGGUGUUACCCCCGCAAACUAGCCAAGCGUGCUAGAUCUCAUAUCAUUACUGAUCUUGAUCUAGACGCGACUUCUAAAACAAGAACCUCGGUAUGGGAGAUGAAACGGCAUCUUCUCAUGGGAUGAAGUUCUAUUUAUUCUACGGCUCAAUUGAGAGCGAACGGCCCACUUCUCGUUGUUUUCGUCGGUUUAAUGAUACCGAUGGGAUGAUAGCGUAAUUGAGGCCCCUAGCAUAGGCGACCCGGUGAUACCUAGGAAAUGUUCGUACGUGCUUUCCACGUGUCGUUAGCAAACUCGAGGUAUGCAUCAAAGAGGCUCAUUCAAAGAAGAAUCGGGAUUCGAAGAUACCGGACUAAUG